GGAGUUUUGUCAGAGCUUUAGUUAGUAGUUGAAUAGCCAGCUGCACAUUUUUCCAAAGUUCUCCCAACAGUCUGUCAAAUCACAUUUGUAGAAGAAAGCAAGAAUGCAUUCUCUACUCCAUUUCCUCUGGUUUGUAGUCUUUGCAACCUAUUGCUAUAUUGAAGCUUUGGUGAAAUGUUUUAUUCCUGUGAAGAGAAAAUCUGUAGCUGGUGAAAUUGUCCUUAUAACUGGAGCUGCAUGCGGCAUUGGAAGAUUCACAGCCUUUGAAUUUGCCAAACAGAAAAGCCGACUGGUUCUCUGGGACAUAAACAAGAGUGGCCUAGAGGAAGUCGCUGAAGACUAGAAGCUGGGAGUCGAAGUAUAUCCUUAUAUGGUGGACUGCAGUUCGAGAGAGGAAAUCUACGCUGCGGCUGAGAAAGUAAAAGAAGAUGUUGGAGAUGUUACUCUUUUAGUGAAUAAUGCUGGUGUGGUUACAGGAGAUCUGCUUUCCAUCCAGGACAAGCAUACAAAAAUAUAUGAUAUCAAUGUUCUAGCUCAUUACUGGACAAUAAAAGCUUUCCUGCCAGCUAUGAUGAAAAAUAACUACGGUCAUAUUGUCAGCAUUGCAUCCGUUGGUGGCUUUGUGUCUGUUCCUUUUCUGUUCACUUAUUGCUCCAGCAAGUUUGCUGUCAUCGGGUUUCACAAUGGCUUUACCAAAGAAUUAUCUGCUUUGGGAAAAGAUGGGAUCAAGACUACCUGCGUGUGUCCAUUUUUUGUAAACACAGGGCUUGUAGAAAACCCAAAGUCACGGGUAAUACCUGUUUUGAAACCUGAGGCAGUUGCAAAGAGGCUUGUGGAUGGGAUACUCUGCAAUCAAAAGAAGAUCGUGAUCCCAUCUCCUCUUGCAAUGUUCCCUGUGAUGGAAACAAUUCUUCCAGAGCGUGCUAUGGUGGCUUUGGAAAAGUUUCUGAGUAUCGGAUUUGAUGUCAAGAAACAAGAAUGACUCAAAGUAUCAAAGCUUUUCAAACGUUAAGUCAAUGUGCAAUCACAUUUCUAAUAUCAUGGUUUUAUAUUCCUUAUGCAAACUGCAAAAGCUCUAUUCUUCACAAAAAUCUAUAUUAACAUAUCAUAUACUGGUGUGAGUUUAUUUCUUCCUCACAAUAAAGAAGACGUAAACGUAACUUCAAA